CCAACAAAUUUAUAAGAAAAAGGUUCUUUUUGCUGUCCGCACUUCGUAGAGAAACCUCUUCAGCCUUCUGUUAGGCUUCCUCUUAAGCGUGAAUACUUUUACAAUUAGUUUGGCUUUUCAAUCAUUGGAGAACGGGAACAGCAAGUGAGUGAGAAGGCAGACAGGCAUCCGGCCAAUGUGAUCUUGGUGGGGUGUAUAGAAAUCGGUUGUAUGCCUGCAGGGGUAUUUCAGAGCUUCGGCAGUCCGAAGAUAGUUCGUAUCUUGUUUUGUUAUUUGCCGAGACUCACCUCAUUCGAAUCAAACCAAACCGAAGGCGCACACUCAGCAGGCUUUGCCCAUUCUCUGUCACAGUCACAUUCACAGUCUGGCUCUGGGUCUGGGUCUGGGUAUUAUAAUAACAAUUCAUUCAUACAAAUAAGACACACAGACACGAAUGUCAGCUCGCAAAAUCUGUCAGGCUAGUAUCGAAAAAUUGAGCCAAGCAAACAAAUUCUCGUAUCCUUGUUUUGUUGUAUUCCUAUUAAAAAUUUUUAAUUUUAUUUUUCGGCAAACAAGUUGAAUUUCGCCAAAUUGCGGUGCAAUCGGUUUUAAUAAUAAUUCUAAAAAGGGCAACAAGCAUUAUGAAUAGGAACAAACAGCAGCCACAGCAGCCACAGCAGCCACAGCAGCCGCAGCAGAACUCGAACCGCAUCAGGUCGCUGGGUCUAUUGGACAAGACACUGCCACUCACAGUCGCAACGCCGCCGCAGCUGCGCAAUCGCCGCCAAUUCCAGUUCAAUGGGAUGAGCUUCGAGACGAAUCCGCUCUCGCUGCAGAAGUCGCGUGGCGGCCUGGACGGCGAUGCUGGCGAUGGGCGCUUCUCAACGCCAGAGGAACGCCGAGAUUCCUCGUCCUAUCAUUCCUACAAAGCGUCGCAGCUGCCAACGGCCAGCCGCCUCUAUAGGCAGCGCAGCUGCCAGAGCGAAGUCUCUGCUGCUGGCGUCGAGCCGAGUAGCCCCCGGUUGGCUGCGACGCGAGUGCUGCAUCAGCCGGAGCAGCGAGCGGUGUGGUCGGCUGACAACGACAGUGGCAAUCACCGGGCCGGCGGCGAGGAUGCCUAUAGCAAUGGCUACAGCUGCAACUACAGCAACAGCAGCGCCAUUAAAAGCGCCAGCAACAACAACAUCAACAAACUCAACCACAUCAACAACAACAUCAACAAGAACAUCACCAACAACAUGAGAAACAGCAACAGCAAUAACAAUAUCAAGAACAACUGCAACAGCUCCGGCAGCAACACCGCCGAGCGGUUUCAGAAGGUGUUGGCCAAGUACGGCAAGCAGGCGGCAAGUGACGAAUACAGCGUCAACAACAACUUCAACAACAACCACAUCAAUAACUGCAGCAACAACAACAGCAACAUCAACAAUAGCAACAGCAACAUCAACAUCAACAACAGCAACACAGCCACCAACAAGGCCAGCUAUACCCACAGCAUCAACGCCAACAGCAACCUGAGCAGGAACUACAACAACAGGCUGACGGGCUACUCCUACAGCAACAAUAUUGAGAGGAAGAGCAACAUCCAAGAGGAACCCAGCAGUGAUCUGGGUCCGAGGGAACCGGCCGUAUACCCGACGAGGCCAUACAGUCGCUCGCUGAAGUUGAGUGGUUUUCGCUACGGGCAGAUGCGAGCGGGUGGCGGUUGCAGCUCGGCCGUGGCCAACGGCUCCAAGAUGGACUACAUUACACUGGCUGGCUUCCUGCUGGGCUAUCUGACAUCGAAUCUGUUAUUUUUCCUCUGCUGGUACUUCACCUGGCUGAAGGGGCAGGUGGUGAAGCUGCGCAAUCAUUUCCUUGGUCAGGCGAAUCUCUGGGAGUUUUUCGACUUCGAGGACACCACACGCUACUCAAUGCAGACCAAAUUGCUUCUGGCCCCAAUUAUACUUGGCUGCAGCAUUCUCUAUUGUGUCGUCAACGUGCUCCAUUUGCUGAUCAAGCUGGUGCGCGCCGACGUUCCGCGCACCGUUAUCGAUUUAGUGCAGCGCAUCGCCCGCAACCACUGGCCCUAGCUCUCUAGCUAUUGCGACCCGUGAGCCUCAAUUGCAACUCUCCCAAACAAAAAUAAUCGGUGGUCACCCACACACAAGCGCACACACUCAGUCUCAGCUGGCUAACUGAAAUAACACACACAUAC